AUGUCUGGGCGCGGGAAAACUGGCGGGAAGGCACGUGCGAAGGCGAAGUCGCGGUCUUCGAGGGCCGGACUGCAGUUCCCCGUGGGCCGAGUGCAUCGGCUGCUCCGGAAGGGCAAUUAUGCCGAGCGCAUCGGCGGCGGGGCGCCGGUGUACAUGGCCGCCGUGCUGGAAUACUUGACGGCCGAGAUCCUGGAGUUGGCGGGCAACGCGGCCCGGGACAACAAGAAGAGCCGCAUCAUCCCGCGCCACUUGCAGCUGGCCGUGCGCAACGACGAGGAGCUGAACAAGUUGCUGGGCGGCGUGACCAUCGCGCAGGGCGGAGUGCUGCCCAACAUCCACGCCGUCCUGUUGCCCAAGAAGACGGAAUCCACCAAGUCGUCUAAGGUGGCGAUCAAGCCGUCUGCCGCCCCGGUGGCCGUUUAG